AUGGCGCCCGUGUGGGCGCUGUGUGCGGUGUCCGGGACGAAUGCGGGGACGCGACUGGGACGAGCGACGGCGACGGCGUUUAGCGCUGCGGGAAGCGUCGCGUACGUCGACGCGUGGACGCCGUCGAGCGAGAAGAAGACGUUUAUAAGUGCCUUGGUGUGGAUGUUGGCCAUGCGCUUGAUGAGCGGGGCGUUCGCGAUGGAUGCGGUGAUGGUGGCGUUCGCGCGCGCGUGCGCGUGGGGGCUCGCGGGGGCGGCGGCGCCGAGCGAGACGACGCUGCUGUCCGUCGGUGCGGCGAGCGUGAUGGAGAUGUGCGUGGGGAUUUAUCGCGACGUCGGGACGAGAGCGCGCGCGUCCGAGUCGAGCGCGUUGGCGGGCGCGUUCGCGAUCGCGGGCGUCGGACUUUUGCUCGCGAGCGCUCGGCUCGUGUGCUGGCCGACGCCGGCGAGCAAGGCGACGCAAUUCGGCGUUCUGAGCCUCGCGCUGUCGGUUCCCGAGUGGUUUUAUCGCGUGAGUAAUCCUGGUAAGAGUAACAUGAUCCUCGGUGUGGUGCGAUACACGAUGAAGACGAACAUGGAGACCUUGACGUCGUUGACGAAGCUCUGGUGCACGGGUCUCGCCGUCGCCCUCGGCGUGGCGUACAACGCGCGAGCGAUGCCGCUCACGAUGCGCAGGAAGGCGUUUCAUUUCCUCGCCAUCGUCAUGUUCGCGCCAACGUUGAUGCCGAACAGCGGACUCGGUGAGUUGAUUCGCGUCGCCUUUGCCGUCGCCUUCGCGCUCUUCGCCUGCGUCGAGUGCGCUCGCGUCUUCGACGCCUACUACGGCCACGGGCUCUUCGGCUGGAAGCUCAGCGUGCUUCUCGCGCAAUUCGUCGGCGACGGCGUGGUGUCGCUCAUCAUUUUGGAUCACUUUUCAUUGCUCCUCGGCAUCGCCGUCCCGGUGUGGCUCAGCGGCGACUCGAAAUCUCUCGUACCGUGGGCGGGCGUGCUCACGCUCGGCGUCGGCGACAGCUUCGCCUCCAUCGUCGGCGGCGCGAUUGGACGCCGCAAAGUGUUCGGUGAGCGCUCGUCCAAGACGCUCGAAGGCGCGAUUGCGUUCGCAGUGAGUACUUUCGUCGCCGCGUCCUACGUCGGCGUCGAUAUUUCCGCGUCGAAACUCGCGGGCGCGUGCGUCGCCACGGCGCUCUUUGAGCUCUCCGUCGAGGGCGUGUCGGACAAUUUUGUGUUGCCUCUGUAUUUUGCCGCGCUCGUCGCGCCGUGAGAUGUUGUAGACUAAUCAAUAAUACUCGUAAUAACAUUCUACUGU